UCAUUGAGUUUUCAACAAAAUAUUCCCCAUUUCCAGCUGAGAAAGCAACAUUUGGAGGAUUUUUUAGUGGAAUGAUAUUUAUGUUCAUCCUUUUUCUUAUAUUUCGAAUCAUUGACAUGGUGGUUUGGACAAUAUAUCCCAUGAGAUAUGAGAAAAUACUUGCCUACAUAGCAGGAAUAACUGGAGUUAUAUUUCUGGUCGUCUUGGCUUCAUCCAUAAUUGCUGUCAGUGUUUUUCUGGCAAAAUCCUCAACUGCAGCUUGGAAAGAACAACUUGGAACAUUUUUCAUUUUGUUAGUGUUUCCGAUAUUCAUGAUUUUAUUCCCAGGUGUGUUUUGGAUAAUACACCUCCGAAGGAUGCGAAGAGGAGUACAACUUAGAGGCAUUCUAGUAAUCAUGUUUGAUUUCAUGUAUAAUCACAAACUGUUUAACAUGCUGUUCCUUAUUAUUUAUUCCCAACUUUUUACCUGGAUUAGCAACACAUUUAAAUUAGAAUAUUCAAUUCCGAUUGCAGUAGCUGCUUUGGGAAUCUGUGCCUGCAUAAUUAUCAAGGAUUAUUUAUUGUAUCGUGAAGAAAAGCGCUUGGAGGGAUUUUACUAUUUUGCUCAGAAAGUCCUUUUGGGGAUAUACUUUAUACUUCACCUAAUGUUAAGCUGUCUGUAUCUAAGUGUGAUUCUAGAAAAUGACAAAGGACGACCUGUAAAGAUCUGCGAGUUUGUGUUCAUCUACAUUCUGAGUGUCACAUUUCUCUUUCGAUUCUGGAUUCGGCAAGAUUUACUUGCCAAACCCCGUAAAUAUGUAUAUUUCUCAGGGACUUUUGCUCUCCCUCUCGUGAAUUCUGUUGCCCUGGCUGUAGCAUUAAAACUCAAAGCAGACACAGGAAAACAGUCACAGGGUCUACGGCUGACUGUCCUGAUUUCUGGGUCUGUCUUCCUCUUUAGCUGCUUUGUUAUAGAGAUGUCUGCAUACUGGUUGGCCAAAAAUCAAAAACCAAGUACAAAUGGAGACUUGAAGGAAAGGGCUUUGACUCGUUCUUCAGAUAUCAAGCUUUUCCAGCCACAGAGAAACCAGUCUUAUUAUGAUGAAGAAUCACAGGGGGCACUCCAGCAGCCAAUUCCCCCAACCACCAUUCCGGGCCCCCUAGCCGACCUGGGGAAACACAAGCUGAUCCGGGAGCAGCUGUUGCUCCUGCUGCAUGCCCGCAUGUGCCAGCAACACAAGCAGACCAACAGGGAGGAGUGGUCAUGCUCCAGGCCCCAGUGCCGCACCAUGAGGAAGGUCCUAAAGCACAUGGACAGCUGCCAGGCCGGCAUGUCCUGCCAGGUGAAGCACUGCACUUCUUCCUGCAAGCUCAUCUCGCACUGGGACAACUGCACACAGCAUGAUUGUCCUGUUUGCAUGCCGCAUGAGGACUUCAGCAACCAAAGGAGCGACAUCGAUGACUUAGAGAAGCUCGAGCUGAUCCAGGCACAGCUGUUGCUUCUGCUGCACGCCCAGGAGUGCCAGCAGCGCAAACAGGCCAAUGAGGAGGAGUGGUCAUGCACUAAGCCCCAGUGCUACAACAUGAGGAAGGUCCUGAAGCACAUGGACAGCUGCCAGGCCGACAUGACCUGCCAGGAGCAUCUCUGCACUUUCUCCCGCCAGCUCAUCUCACACUGGGAGUUCUGCACACAGGACGAUUGUCUGACUCUCCAUUUUACAAAAACAAAAUGAGUGACAAGUGGAGUAACCAUCUCUCUAGGUUGGGACUGUGCCGGAAGGUUGCCGGUUCAAGUCCUGUGGUCAGCAGAGUGAUGUCACCAUUGCACCCUUGAGCAAGGCCCUUAACCCCAAUUGCUCCCGGGACUGGCUGAUAGUGUUGCCUCCCAUGACCUGGCCACCUGACCAAAACACGGUAUGAAUCGCUUUGGAGGAGUCUGACCGAAGAGUGAAGGAAAUAUAUUGCUCAGCAUAUAUAUGGGAAUUCCCUCUGGACAGCUGGAAAAGAAUCCCAGGAAGCC